AUAAUAAUAAAGAAAAAAAAAAACAGGAAACGGACGAAGCGAGAGGAGGAGGGGAGCAAAACCUAAGGCAAAAGAAGGAAGGGAAGGGAAGGAAGCACCAGGCCAGCAGAAGCUGAGAGCGGCGAGGAGAGCGAGGUUGGGGAUCGAGCCGGGGCGGAGUAGGAAGGGAAGGGAAAGGAGAUGUCGAUCCUGUGGGAGAAGAGCGCGGGGUGGCGGUGGCUGGUGCGGCGGACGCGCGACUCCAAGCCCUUCUUCUUCACCUUCGCGGCGCUGUGCGGCGUCGUCCCGGGGGUCGUCGGGUACGGCGUGAUGCAGCUCACCAGCUCCCGCAACGAGCAGCUCGAGGCCCGCCUCCGCUCCACCGCCCGCCCCGAGACCACGAUGAUGGGGCAAGUGAACAGGGAGAGGCUGGCAGAGUUUCUUGGCGAGCUGCAGAGGAAAGAGGACACGAAUGACAGAUAUGUUGCUGCUCUCAAAGGGGAGACACUGACAAGGAAGCGGUAUGAGCGUAUUCAGCCCGUUAACAAGCAAGCUACAGCAGAGAGUGAGCCUGUCAACAAGCAAGCUACAAUACAGAGUCAACCUGCCAAGGAGCAAGCUACUCAUGAGAAUGCAAAGGCUAAAUGAUUCAUUUUCAAUUCUCCUAGCAAGAUGUUCUCCACUCAAAAUACCGAACAUAAAUGUGCUAUGUCUUUGAAUGGCAAGUUCGUAAAGCAUCACUAUGCAUCUAGUUUUUGUUCCACUACAAGAUGGGUUCACAGGAUACUGAUAUUUUAGUUGCAGUUGGACUGUAAAUUUUGAUCUGCGCGCUAGCACAUCUGACUCUUUUUAGUUGAUUAUUAUGUGGCCACAUUUAAAAUGAUAAUCGAGGCAGACCUUUUUCGAUCAA